UUUCCUUAAUUUGUACCACUCUCCACUUGCCUGCCCUUGUGUGACAUUUUCUUUUUGCCUCCACAAAUUUUCUUGGAAAACUUUUUGGUUUAACAUAUAUCUUCAAGAAAAAUUCAACAAUGGAGGCAUUGAAGAUGAGAUUAUUUAUGGCUAUCAUGGUCGUCCUCAUGGCCAUUUCCGCUGUUCAAAAUGUCGCAGCUCAGGAAUCCCCGGCUCCUAGCCCUACCUCAGAUGCCGCCUUCUUCGUACCUACCAUUUUCGCCUCCUUCGCCGCUCUUGCUUUCGGGCUUCUCUUCUAAAUGGGAUUAUUUUUACUAUUAAAAAAAAAAGAAGAAGAAUAUAUUCUUUUGGGUUUAUUUAUCAUUUGUUUUAAGUUUCUUGAAUGGGUACAUUCUUAUGAGUUCUCUGCUUUAGGCUCUUUUCUUGUCCUAAUUACUCCUGGGUGUUUGGCUCUUUUUGAUAUAGGGGCAUUAUAUAUAUGUAUACAGAAAAUGGGGAAUUGGGAGACAGGAAAGAGCUUAGGGACUUUCGGUUGGUCUUUUUGAUUUUCUUCAUCUUUAUGACCAUUUCAUUAUUUGUACAAUUGAUGUGAUCAUUUGUUUUUUUCUUUUUUCCUUGUACAAUGGAUGUGAUUUGUUUCUAA